AUGCUUGCAGACGGCCAGUCCUCUCAGGAGGCUUCCUCUAAUAAGUCGGCAAAUGACGGCCUCAUUAAUAGCAUCUCGGGGAGUCGACGGCACCCCCACAUUUACACAAAGGAAAGGUCAAUAGCCGCACCAGCCAGCCCCACUGUCGCAUCCCUCAGCCUACGGGUCACCACUGAAGACACUCAACUAAAGCAGAGGAUGCAUGCAACCGUCCUCAUCAAUGGCCAUCCAGUUUGUCUGCAGCUAGACACAUCCUCGGAUGUUAACAUCAUCUCGGAAACGCAACAGUGCUUCAUCGGCCUUGUUGACCAUAAUCGGCCUGGUAAUGAAAGCGAAUUGUUCAAUUUGGAUAUGAAGAAACUUCUCCACUUGUCUAUCGGCAUUUAUGGAGACACCCGACUCUCGUCUUACAACCCCAGAGAACCUAUUCACAAUUCUGACUAG